GCCGAGCUGUAACAGAACUAUUAUCAGACCCAUAUGCAAUGGUCUGCAUACAUGCAGUGCUUUUCCGGGUAUGAAUUAAUUAUUAUCACUAUUACUGUCUUUCUCUGGAACAUGUCAUCACAGAAGAGGUGGGGGCAGCAUUAAGGGGCCCAGCUAGGAUUUCUUUCAUUAUACUACACAUGCUGGAGAGACUACACACACACAGCAUCACAGCUUAUAUCGUAUUGGAUUAAUGGGCACACUUGGCUACGAAGAUACGCGUUAUAAUUGAACUGAAGCCCUGGGAUCCCUGCACCUGACAACAUGUGGAAACUCAACAAAAGCAAAGUCCUGAUAGAAGAUUCACCUGAUGAAGAAAUUAAUGCGCAGCCAGAUCCCCAGAGUGUGGACCAGUUGCUUCAAGUUGACGUACAGUCUCCUGUGUCUCAGCUUGCUACAAAGGUCCAGGGGGCCAGUUUCCGAGGCUGGAAGGAUGUAACCUCUAUAUUUAACAAGGAUGAUGAACAGCAGUUGCUAAAAGGAUCGAAAUCUCCCAAAUCUCCUAAAUCCAAUAAAGCUUCUGUGAAAACUAAGGAGGAGGUGAAGACAGAGAAAAAAACUGGUUUUUGGGACAGUUUGGCCAUUAAACAGAACAUUCAACCAAAGAAAGCGGAUGAAAUUGAAGGUUGGGAACCCCCACAAAUUACAGUAGAGGAGCCCCCGUCUGUUCCAGAAGAUAUGUUGGAAGACAGCAAUUCCUGGCCAGGCUGGGAAGACGAAACCAAAGGAUCUACUAAAUAUACCACCCUGAUGAGUUCAGGAAACAGCUCGCGUUGGAGCAUUAAAUCAGCUGGUAAACUGGUUAGUAUUAGAAGACGGAGCAAAGGCAACCUCGCUGAAAGCUGGGAGGAAUUAGAAUGACAACUGCAACAACCUAGCAAUAUGCAAUCUCUACCCAUUCAGAUGGGCCAGAGUCACCCUUUCCAUGUUGUCAUUUUAUACCAAAAUCUCCUAAGUAUUGUAUACCUACGUACUUUUAUAGUUAUCAAAAUCCAAAAAAUACAAAUUUGCACUUCUAUUUUUUUGAAUCAGUACAAAGGUAUUAAUAGGUCACUCUUUUUCCACAUAGAAACAAAAUAUCCACCUGUGAAAUAUUGUGGUGCCUUGAUUGUGCCUACAUUACACAUUCAAAUAUAAAACUUGGUUUUACCAAAAAUAAAAGUAAUUCCUUAGUGAAUGUAUACACUGGUUGUAAUUUAGACUGCCUUAUACUGUUAACAGUAAAGGUUUUUGCCUUGCACAUAAAACUGUCAAGUGCCUGUUUUUCACCUUGAUAACGUAUUUGUGAUGCACAGCUUAAUUUAUUGAUAAGUUAAUUUACUUGUUUCCAUUGGUUUUUAUUGUUAUUAUAAGACAGAAGAUGAAAGACUUUAUAGACCGGCAGUUAUUAGGAAAUAAGUGUUUUAGUAUUUUAUUUCAGGAAAUGGAGAGAAAGACAUGAAUAUUAGAGACUCUGAGUACUUUCUGUUCUUAAAUUACUACUUUAUUACAUUAUUAUAUUCUGUAUAAUUGUAUAGUGUCUCUGUGAAAGGGAAACUAUAUGUCCAAAAAUAAAUUUCAUUGUAUCAUUAAAAAAAUCAUUUAUAAAAAUUUGCACAGAUAAGCCCUGAAUAUGUACUUUUCAUUAGCUGUAGUACUGGCUCACGCAGCUGGUGAAGAUCCACUACCCAGCAGUCACGGCUUUGUUAAUGUUGGCUAUUGUCUAAUCAAAUGCUUCUCGGAUUGAAGCACUGAAAACAUCUCCAGUCCAUAACUUUUCAUCGAGAUGGAUGGUUGUAUUAAGAUAUAGGGAUUCUUAUUUUUAAAAAUCCUAUUUUAGGGUUGUAUUAGUUCAAGUGCUGCUUUUAAGUAUUCUUUUUUGUGUGUCCAUAAAAAUGGUGCCUUGCUAAAAAAAAAAA